AUCCAUUUACAGGUGGGACGAUGAAAGGACUGGUGGAUAUGAACGAGUUGAAGAAACUAUGGGACACAUGGGACCUGAGAGGGUUCGUCCUGCUCAGCCUCUCUCUCCAGUCAUUUCUCAUCCUAGCCGCGCCGCUCAGGAAACGGACACGCUCCAGCUGGGUCAUCCUGCCUCUCUGGUCGGCCUACUUACUGGCCGACUGGGCGGCCAAUUUCGCGGUGGGCCUCAUCUCAAACAGCCAGGGCGGCAAGUGCCUCAAAGGCGCCAAAGAUGGAACCACAAACCCGGAUCUCCUUGCAUUUUGGGCCCCGUUCCUGCUGGUCCAUCUCGGUGGGCCCGACACCAUAACCGCCUUCGCCCUUGAGGACAACGAGCUCUGGCUCAGGCAUCUCCUCGCUCUCAUCUUCCAAGCCUGUGCCGCUGGCUACGUGCUCUACCAGACUUUUCCCUCCAACCCACUCCUCAUCCCCACCCUUUGCAUGUUCGUCUCCGGCCUCAUCAAGUACUCCGAGCGCACCAUGUCCCUCUACCGCGCUAGCUUGAACAGAUUCCGUGACUCGAUGCUCAAGGAUCCGGACCCCGGCCCUGACUACGCCAAGAUCAUGGACGAGUACCGUUCCAUGAAAGAGGCCAAGCUUCCCACCAGGAUCGAGAUGAUCGACGAGCCACCGCGGCCGGACCAAGCCAUGAAUGUGGUGAAGAAGGGGAGAGUGGAAGGCAUUGAAGCUGUGCUCUACGCCUACGACUUCUUCGAGACCUUCAAGGGCCUCAUCGUGGACCUCAUCUUCAGCUCCCGCGACCGCAACAAGAGCCGCGGGUUUUUCCUUGAGAGAUCACCGCGGGACGCUUUCGAGGUGCUAACCAUCGAGCUCAACUUCAUGUACGACGUCCUGUUUACAAAAGUGCGCGUGGUCUACACAUUGUGGGGAUACGUGGGCAGAUCCGUGGCCUUCGGCUUGGUGAUUGCUUCCAUCAUUCUCUUCUACAAAGUGGACAAGCACGACUUCGAAACCCCUGACGUGGCCAUCACCUACACUCUCCUCUUCGGAGCCGUUGCCUUGGAUGUCAUCGCCUUCGUCAAGCUCAUCACCUCCAAUUGGCUUCGUGUCAAUGUCAACAAACUGCCCGAUGUCAACUUGGAGACGCCCGAAACAGGGAUUAAGGCGAAAUCCCCUCCUUCCGACUUUGUCAGCAAGCUUACUGACUUAAGCUUAUUAAGGAAGCUCACGAGCUUGAUGCACCGCCGCUGGUCUGGCUCAGUCGCCUGCUUCAACCUCAUCCACUACUGCUUGUAUUCCAGGCAGCCGGAGAAGGAGAAAAUCAUGGAAUUCUUCAACCUGCUUCCAGUUUUUGAUGGAAUCAGGUACGUGAGCAACGAGCCCUUCACCGACGAUCUGCGGGAUCACAUCUUCUACGAGCUGAAGAAGAAAUCGGAGCUGGCUGACGAUCUAGAAACCGCAAAAGAGGUGAGCGCGGCCCGGGGCGAUUGGGCGCUGCGCGUGGACCACGGCGACGCUGAGCUGCUCCGUUAUGUUGGGGGGAUGGACUACGAUAAGAGCCUGCUGCUGUGGCAUAUCGCCACCGAGAUCUGCUGGUGCAUUGAAAAGGAAGAGGAGCAGAAGCAGGACAGCAAAAAGGCAGAUGCUGAUCCUGAUUCUGAUCCGAAUUCUAUUCCUGAUCCUGAGGAGUUCACUGUGGCGCAGUACAGAGAUUUCUCCAAGGUCCUCUCUGAUUACAUGCUCUAUCUUCUCGUUAUGCAGCCUACAAUGAUGUCCGCAGUGGCCGGUAUCGGGCAAAUCCGAUUCCGCGACACGUGCGCCGAGACAAAGAAGUUUAUGGAAGGAUCCAGAAAGAAGAAGCCACACCCCUUGCGAGUCUUGACCUACGCUCUCAAGUGUUUCUCCAAAUAUCUCCAAUACUUGAUACUUGCCUUGCUUGCACCCAUUCUAUCCUUCAUCUUCUCCUUGUUCAUCACCGUGUUUCUGCCUCUCAUUCCCGAAGAAAAGAUUAAGAAUCUCGAUAAGAUGCUAAGGAGAUACACGAAAUUUACGUGCUACGUUAAGAUUGUAGACUACUUAACGGGGAAGAAAACAGUUGAUUCGAAACAAGUGGAAGCUUGCCUUAAGAUCCAUCAUGUAAACACGGAAGUGGAUCCGGUUGCAAUCAAGGGAGAUAGGAGCAAAUCGGUGCUCUUUGAUGGCGGUCGACUGGCCAAGGAGCUUAUGAAGGUAGAAGAUAACCGUAAAUGGGAAAUUAUGAGCAGAGUUUGGGUUGAGAUGCUGUCGUACGCCGCCGUCCGUUGUAGACCCAACGCUCAUGCGCAGCAGUUGAGCAAAGGGGGAGAGCUCAUAACCAUUGUUUGGUUGCUCAUGGCUCAUUUUGGGUUAGGGGAGGAAUUUCAAAUCAGUGAGGGCCAUACAAGGGCUAAGCUCAUCGUCGAUAAGUAGUAUCCACCACUUUUGCUUGUGUGUUUCCUUCAAAUUUUUUGUGUGUUUUCCAUUUGCUUCUUCUCGAUGUCAAUCUUCUUAUUUUUGGCUUUCAAUAAUAUUGAUGUCAUGAUUGAAUAUCAUAAUAUAUCACUCUUCUCUUA